AAAAUUCAAUUAUAGAACCAUUCUUUAUUUCUUCACCAUUUCCUAGUCAUUUAUGUGUGGAAAUAAAUUUGAGUGGGAUCCAACACUUUUCUUUUAUUUCUUUUUACCUUGUUUCAUGUACCUCAUACUCUCACUUUUGUUGCUCCCUCCUACUUUCACACUUCCUCCCCAAUGGAUGCGUUUGUUUUAAGAGAAUAGUAGAAAUUGGAUAGAAAUAAGAGACGAAUUAUGGAUUCAUCUGACAAUGCGAGAUGCAAGUGAGAGUCAAUCAGUAACAUAAUAUUGUGCAAAAUUGAUUAUAUCAUCAUUUAAGAUUAGAUUUUAGAGUCGCUAUGGUUUUCUUAAUCAUUUCUCGCCACUUUUGCGUGAAAAUGAAUUUGAGUGAGAUCCAACUUUUUUUCCACCCUAAUUCUAUAUAUUAAACUCAAGUUUGCUGCUACUUCCUUUUUUCACGUCUCCUCGUCAAAUUUUUUUUCAUCUCUUCCCCACCAAAUACAGUGUAUACAAAAAAAAAAUAAAAAAUUGAACAAGACUGAAUAAUUGAAAACCCAAAAUGUCCCCAAACCUAUAGUGAAACGGUGCGUUAAGUCUUCUCCUCCUCCCCGAACAAAAAACACUGCUUAUAGGAGGACUGGGAUCGCACUUCAGAGGAAGUCAAGAGUAACAUUAAUUAGGGCACAGAACAAGCAGCAUUUUGAGCUUUGGUUGCAGUUUCAUCAUGAUCCUUGAUAUUGUGGGAAAUUGUGAACAAAUGCAGCCGAAUCAUCCGUAGUUGCAGUUGCGGUGACCCUAAAUCGUAGAUAGUUUUUUAGAUUCUUGAAAUGGGUGAACUAUGUCAUUCACGUGCUCCAUUAGACAUUAAUUCCAGUGGGAGUGAGGAAAACUUGGUCUCUAUUUCACCAGAAGAAAUUAAGCUUGAACCCAUUAGCUUUGAUGGGAAUGAUGCUUGUCCUGUGCCACGGCCUGGAAUGGUAUUUAGUUCAGAGGCUGAGGCCAGAUUGUACUACACAAAAUAUGCCAACCAAAUGGGCUUUGGCAUCAUGACUAGAACCUCAAAAAAGGGACGUGAUGGCAAAGUUAAAUAUUUAAUACUUGUAUGCUCUGGAAUAACAAGAAGUGAUGCUGCAAGGAAACAGUAUUGUGCAGCUAGGAUCAAUUUGACUUUACGUAAAGAUGGAACCUACCGAAUUAAUUCAGCUACUCUUGGUCAUAGUCAUGAAUUGGGUUCACAUCAUCUACUCUCAAGUGAUAUUGACACGAGGGGUAAAAGGACAUUGGAUCAAGAAGUUGUUGACAUGGGUGUUAAGAGGAUAUCAGACAAAAAUGAAUGCAGAUACUACCUUCAGAAAGAAAGACAUUUGAUUGGGGAGAAUGGAGAUGGUGAAGCCCUUCAGAAGUAUUUGGUGAGGAUGCAAGAACAAGAUAGAAACUUCUUCUAUGUGAUUGACUUGGAUGAUUUCUUCUGUGUGAGGAAUGUUUUUUGGGCAGAUGGAAAGAGCAGAGCUGCAUAUGAAUCGUUUGGUGAUGUGGUGAUAGUUGAUACUACAUGUCUUUCUAAUCGCUACAAAGUUCCGCUUGUAACUUUUGUUGGAGUUAACCAUCAUGGGCAAUCUGUACUGUUUGGUUGUGGGCUGUUAUCGUAUGAAGACUCAGAGUCAUUUGCUUGGUUGUUUCAAUCAUUGUUGCAUUGCAUGUCUGAUGUUCCCCCUCAAGGAAUCAUAACAGAUCAUUGCUGCAAGACCAUGCAGAAAGCAGUUGAAACUGUAUAUCCCUCCACUCGACAUCGGUGGUGUUUAUCAAAUAUAAUGGAAAAACUUCCCCAACUAAUCCAUGGAUAUGCUAAUUACAAGUCCUUAAGAGAUCAUUUGCAGAAUGUUGUAUAUGACACACCUACAAUAAGUGAAUUUGAGCAGAAAUGGAAGAAGAUUGUGGAGGAUUUUGACCUCAAGGACAAUAAAUGGUUGAAAGAGUUGUUCCUUGAGAGACAUCGCUGGGCUCCUUCCUUUGUAAGAGGUGAGUUCUGGGCUGGAAUGUCUAUUAAUCCACACAAUGAAAGCAUGCAUGCAUUUUUUGAUGGAUAUGUAAGCCGGCUAACAACUCUGAAGCAAUUUGUUGAUCAGUAUGAUAAUGCUUUGCAAUAUAAGGCUGAGAAAGAAUAUGUAGCUGACAUACAUUCAUCAAGUAACAGUCAAGCUUGUGUUACCAAAUCUCCAAUUGAGAGGCAGUUUCAAGCUGCAUACACUCAUGCCAAGUUUCUGGAGGUUCAACAUGAAUUUGUUGGAAAGGCAGAUUGUAAUGUGUCUGUUGCCUCUGAUGAUGGUUCUAUUUUUCACUACAAUGUCAUUGAGGAUGGGAUAAUAGAUGAUAAGCCUAAGGAAUCCGUGGUUGAAGUCAUAUAUAACAGGGUUGAUUGUGAUGUAAAAUGUAGUUGUCACUUGUUUGAGUUCAGAGGCAUACUUUGUAGGCACUCGCUUGCAGUACUAUCACAAGAGAGAGUGAAGGAGGUCCCCUGUAAAUAUAUUUUGGAUAGGUGGAGGAAAAAUAUUCGAAGGAAGUAUGCUUAUAUCAAAACCAGCUAUGGUGUUCAGCAUUUUGAACCUCAUGUGCAGAGGCUUGAACUAUUAUGCAAUCAAUUCAACAGUAUUGCUGCUGUUGCUGCAGAAUUUGAGGAUACAAGUUCUUUUGUAAAGGAUAACCUAUGUAACUUAAAGGAGAAGCUUGAAGCAUGGACAACCUUAUUGAGGAACUCAUCUCAGGUGGAUGUAGAGAAAUGUAAUUAUAUGAUGGAUUGGGAAUGAAUUUUUGUAGGAUAAAAUAAUAUUUUAACUCAUUUAAUUAUGAUAAAAUUUGAUUUUAAUCUGUAAAAAAAUUCUGUAAAAAAUUAUCUUGGUUCCAGUUCUCAUAAACUUCAGAAUUUUGAAAUGUAUUUAAUGAAGUAAUAUGUAUUUAAACGUGCGAGGUA